AUGGUGACAAAAUUCUACCAACAUGUUCUUGCCUUGGUGUUUGCUGUGAAAGAAAUAAAUGAGAAUCCCAACAUCUUGCCCAACGUCACUCUUGGCUUCCACAUCUACGAUAGCUAUUAUGAUGCAAGGAUGACCUACCGUACCACCCUAGACCUGCUCUUCAAAAUGCGCAAAUUUGUCCCCAACUACAAAUGUGACUUUCAGAAAAACCUCAUAUCCACCAUUGGGGGACUCGGGGCUGGUACCUCAUUUCUUAUGGCAGACACAUUAGGUCUUUAUAAGAUUCCACAGCUCACGUAUGGUUCAUUUCCUCCAGAGGAGAGUGAUUCAAGUCAGGUUCCUGCAUUUUACCGAAUGGUACCCAAUGAACUCCAACAGUACAUAGGGAUUAUCAACUUACUUAAGCAUUUUGGAUGGACAUGGGUUGGACUCUUUGCUCCAGAUGAUGCCAAAGGAGAAUAUUUCAUCAACAUCCUGGAGCCACUGCUUUCUCAAAAUGGAAUUUGUUCAGCCUUCACACAAAGAAUCCCACAACUAGUCCACUACGAUGACUUAGAUAAAAUUAGUGAUAUAGCCUUAAAUAUGUAUGUGCCAUUCACAGAUAAUAAAGCCACUACAUUCGUCAUCUAUGGAGAAUCUUUGAUGAUUAUAUGGCUGAGAGCUAUCAUAUUUUUGCGAGAUCCUACAAAUAAGGAAGACAUUUCAUUUAGAAAGGUGUGGAUCUUGACAGUCCAGAUUGAUUUCGUAUUAAUGGGGUUUCAUAAGGCUUGGGGACUCCAACUCUUCCAUGGUGCCAUUUCAUUCACAAUUCGCUCACAUAAUCUUCCAAAGUUCACCGAAUUUCUUCAGAGCAUUAAACAUUCCCAGAGCCAGGGAGAUGGUUUUUUCAAAGACUUCUGGGAGCAAGCAUUUGACUGUUUCUUUUCAAAUCCCAGUGUGCCAAUGAAGGCCAAUGACACAUGCACUGGGGAAGAGAGGUUGCAGAGUCUUCCAGGGCCUUUGUUUGAAAUGUGCAUGACUGGCCACAGCUACAGUAUCUACAAAGCUGUCAAUGUUGUGGCUCAUGCCUUGCAUGACUUUUAUUCAUCUAGAUCCAGGCAGCGAACAAUGGGAGUAAGUCAAAUAUUAGAACUUCGGGAUCUGCAGUCUUGGCAGCUUCACCCCAUUUUUCAUAGCAUUUCAUUUAACAACUCAGCUGGAGAAACAGUAUCAUUUACUGAUAACAGAGAAAUGCGAGGUGGAUUUGACAUAAUGAACAUGGUCACAUUUCCAAACAAGUCCUUUCUUCGAAUGAAAAUAGGAUGGGUGAACCCUAAUGCUCUUGAUGGAAAAGAAUUUGUCAUUCUUGAGGACAUGAUUAUUUGGCACAAUGGUUUUAACCAGAAAUUUUGCUGCUAUGAUUGUGUUCCAUGUCCAGAAGGGAAGAUUUCAAACAGAAAUGAUAUGGAAAACUGCUUCCGAUGCCCAGAAGAUCAGUAUCCAAACCAGAACAAAAAUGGAUGCAUCCCCAAAACUAUAAGCUUUCUUUCUUAUGAGGAACCAUUAGGGAUCAGCUUAGCCUCAGUUGCUCUUACUUUUUCCUUAAUCACAAUAUUGGUGCUAGGAAUGUUUAUUCAACAAAAAAACACACCCAUAGUGAAAGCCAACAACUGGGACUUCACCUGCACUCUUCUAGUCUCCCUUCUGCUAUGCUUCCUUUCAUCGUUGCUGUUCCUAGGAAAACCUGGGAAAGUAACCUGCCUUCUUCGCCAACCAACUUUUGGCAUUGUCUUCUCAGUAGCUAUUUCUUGUGUGUUGGCCAAAACCAUCACCGUAGUUGUAGCUUUCAUGGCCACAAAGCCAGGGUCCAGUAUGAGGAAAUGGGUGGGGAAAAGACUGACCAAUGUCAUUGUUCUCCCCUGCUUUCUUACUCAAGCAAGUAUCAGUACUGUGUGGUUGAUUACUUCUCCCCCAUUCACCAACCCAGACAUGCACUCAGUAACAAAUGAAAUCCUUCUGCAGUGCAAUGAAGGGUCAACUACCUUGUUUUACUGUGUCUUGGGCUACAUGGGCAUCCUGGCCAUUGCCAGCUUCAUUGUGGCAUUCAAAGCUCGCAAAUUACCUGACAGUUUUAAUGAGGCCAAGUUUAUUACAUUCAGCAUGUUGCUGUUUUGCAGUGUUUGGCUGACCUUUGUUCCAACCUAUCUGAGCACCAAAGGGAAAUCCAUGGUGGUGGUGGAGAUCUUCUCCAUCUUGUCUUCCAGUGCUGGAUUGUUGGGAUGUAUCUUUGCCCCGAAAUGUUACAUCAUUGUUCUGAGGCCUGAGCUGAACAACAGGGAGCAACUAAUAAGGACAAAUAAGUGA